AUAAACUGAGUUAUGCCUGGGCUCGCUUUCCAGCUCUGAGCAUGUUGUGAUGUUCAGCUUGGAUGCUCAAAGGCAAGGUUUUCGAUUAAAACAAAGUUUUAAACCUGGCCUGAUUUUUAAUUAUAGAUAAUAUGUAAAGAGCUUCUUGUGAGUGAGAUGAAGUUGACGUUUGGUACAAAUUGCAGUGGCCUCGACAUGCAACCUGAUCUUAACAGAAGAAGUGAUAUUCCAUGUCCAGAAAACAUAUAAAGAGCUUCUUGUGAGUGAGAUGAAGUUGAAGAGUAGUACAAAUUGCAGUGGCCUCGACAUGCAACCUGAUCUUAACAGAAGAAGUGAUAUUCCAUGUACAGGGAAUGAGAACAGUGCUCCGGAGGAAACAGAUAUCCAUCUUAUACAUGGUCUGAUAACUGCUGCGUACGUCAUUGUAUUUGCCGCGUCAUUAUUCGGCAAUUCAGUUAUCAUUCACAUUAUACGAACAGAUAACUCCAUGAAGAACACUACCAAUUAUUUGAUUUUGAAUCAAGCCUGCGCUGAUCUCUACAGAACAUUGAUGGAAUCACUAAAUAUUUCAUCUCAUCUUGUCAGAAAACGCUGGUUAGAAGGCAUUGUAGGUCUGAUCACUUGCAAGUUAUUUCUAGCGAGCUUGUUUAUUCCGACCAUCUUUACAAUUUGGAUUCUCCCAACCAUUGCUGUUGAUCGCUUUUACGCUGUUAUUCGACCUUUCCGGUCCUCGCCUUUAUCUCGACAUUUUAAAAAGAUAAUCCUAAUAUUGUGGAGUUGGUCCGUUGUUUGUUCCAUAGAAGUCUCCAUUAGAGGAAGCUUGCACAAAACCAAACAUGACUAUGUUUGUGAUGUAGUUUAUACCGUACAAAAAUGGAUAACAUUUUAUAUUUUGACUGUUUCUUUGAAUGUUGUCCUGCCUCUUUUCAUAACAGCGGUUCUUUACAUCAUUGUUUGUCACAAACUUUGGUCACGUGAGGUACCAGGAGAAGGAACCAAUCAGAAUCAAAGACAAGCUGAAGCCAUGAAAACAGCCAGAAAAGUUACCCGUAUGAUGAUAACUGUUGUGGUUUUAUAUGUGCUGUGUUUCCUUCCCUUUUUUGUAGGAAAUGGCCUCUACCAUUUUGAUGUUCCAAAAGAUGAGUUGGAGCCAACUAUUCUGUUUUUAUGUCUUUUUCUAGUAGCAUUUGCUUAUAGUGGACUCAAUCCAUACAUUUAUCUUACCUUUAACCAGAAGUUUCGAAAUGGAUUUAAAACUUUGUUUGGAAAUUGCUUACGUAAAAUCAAAUUUCAUAAUAUUGUUCAGUUUCGAUCCCAAAGCGUCGAUAUUCAGCAAACAUAGGCCGUCCACGGAGAGAAUUGUUUACCAAGGAAGGUAAAGAGACUCAUGGCUGUAAGCAAGAAUAAUUUAAUACUUGAACUAUAGCUAUUUAUAUGAGAAAACGACAGUUUGAUUGCAAGAUAUAAUAUAUACAGUCCUUGGUCUUAAGCUAAGGAGUAACAAAUUUGACUUUGAAAUAUAUAUUUAUCUAUGACUUCUAUGUUAACCCGAAAAGCGCCAUUGAGGAGAAUGCGCUUAUUCAUUCAUUCUGUUUAUUUGCCUUUUUACCUAAUAUAGUAAUUAUUUAUAUAUGUUUCAAUGUAUGGCGAGGUGACCUCUAGAAAUCACCAGGCUUUUAGCUGAGGCCAUCUCGUACGUAAUAAUACGAUUACAUAGAUAGUGCUACAGUGUGCGGCUUUGCCAGGUUUACUUGAGUAUAGAACGACAUCUGGUUUCGUUGGAAAAAUACUACAGAAAUAUAACAACGCAUGGCUAAAAUAUAAGGUAACUGUAACAUACGCUAAGAGAAGUCAUUAUAAUCUACGAGGAGAUGCAAUUCCGACAUUGCCGGAAGUAAAUAUAACCAAGUAUGGAUUGAAAUUGAUAAGAUAUCAAGGGGCCAAGCCAUGGAACGCACUACCAAACGGAUACAAGAAAAUAAGUAACUUUAAAUUGUUCAAGAAAAGUAUACUUAAGGUAUACCUGGCCAGCCGCUGCACCUAUAUGUUUUAUGAUUUGUCUUUGUUUAAUUAUUUGUAUAUAUGUAUUUUUAUAGUUUAUCGAUUUUAGCACUAAGUAAUUAUGCAUUUUUAAUAUUAUUCAUUGUAAUUUAUUUUAGUUUCUUAUUUAUGCUGUGACUAGACCUGUAAAGUAGUUUUCUAUGUAGCUAAGAGUCAGUCACUUUAAGUAAGUGUUACUUACUUCUUAUUUAUACGCUUACCUGCAAAGGCGGUAACAAAAUGAUCUUUCAAUAACAACACACAAGAAGGGAAUCAGCGAGUGACAAUUUUAUGAAUGGAUGUAUCUCAAAUAUUUAUCAUUCCUUGCUACUGCCUCUCAAAUCAAAUACCUUAAAUCAAGCUUGUGCUUGGAUUACUUUAAUGCUGGUAAUGAAUGUUUUCCAUUAUUGCUUUACACUGCAAACUGUGGUUUACAGGAAAAGGAGGUCUUCCCACCUGCAAGUUCAAACAUUUUUCGUCUUUAUUUGACCUGUCUUUUCAAACGUUCCUCCGGACAAUUGGUGUUGAACGCUAUCAUGGUGUCACUCGACCUUCGUAAUCAUCGCUUUGUCUCGACAUUUACGUUGAAAAGAAAAUUUUGCACUUGCGUGGGCUUGGUGUGUUGUUUAUUCGACAAGUUUUUCACGGGGGAGUGCGAUGGAAUGUUUAUAAAAUUGUCUUUCAUUACAGAUCUGGCCACGUGAAGAUUAGCUCUGCCACUUGAAAGGGGCUGUUGCCUCUGUGACAAACUUGCAAUAAGUUUGGUUUAAUACCAUCCAAUAGCCACUGAGUGUAUGCAACCUCCUCUAACUGUCAGAAUUUUGUUAAAAAAAUAAUUUAGACUCAUUAAAUGUAUUUUCUCGCGUUAAGGAAUGCACGCUUCAUUUGUGCGGAUGCGUUGGGCUUCUAAUUGCUCUAGUUCUCAGGAGUUUCGCCAUCAGCAAAAUCCUCAACAUUCCUUUCGGCUACACUCUUUUAGAAGUUCUCGACAGCCGCAAACCUCCGACAAAUGUUUCACCUGCGGUCAGUUCGGGCACUGGGCCAACUCGCCAUUCUGCCCGGUAAUAAAAGACAAGAUGAAACCAUGAAAACAGCGAGAAAAGUUACCCGGAUGAUAAUAAAAGUUGUGGUUUUAUAUAGGGUGAUGUAGCAGGUCUCGUAAGGUCUCACAUGAGUGACUUGCUACCAUUCGAGAGAACAAUAGAACAAACAACAGAAACAAU